AUGACCCCUGAUUCCAGCCACAGGACCACCAGGUGGAGCCCACAAGUGCCUCUAGCCGGCAACUGCCCGCCCCCCUUGCUAGCGCCUGAGGUCCUGGACAUCCCGGCCGGCACACGCCCUUCCCCGGGACCGAGCCCCCGUCCUCCGGGAGCUCGUUGGGUCCGGCUGUGCCUGCGCUCACCUGAGACCUACUUUCCAGAUCCCGGGGCUACGAGGAGACCCGGCCCCAGCGCCGGCCCCGCCCUCGGGCUCGGCCGCGGCAGGCACCGGGAGGGGUCCCGCCUAGGCGAGGGGGCGGGUCUCCCCGGCCGAGGUCCCCUCUUCCUCCUGCGGUGGACGCAGCACUCACCGGUCGUCCCUGGGCGCAUCUUCCAGGUGCGGCUCCCUGGGGACCCGAGGGACCUCGCUGGGACCGUGUGGCGAGGAAGGCACCGAGACGCGCCCUCGAAGCGCACAGCGGCGGGGAAGGAGAGCAAAGGGCGGGCGCAGGGGCCGAGACGGAAGUGCGGGCCGGUGCGGGCCGGGCGGGUGCUGGGCCGGCAGGUGCCUGCAGAUCCGGCAGGUGCGGGCCGGCAGGAGAAGCACGGGUCUCGGGCCCCGACCCCACGCGCGACCCCGGCCGCCCACGUGGGUUCAAGCCCGGAGGCCCUGUGUCGGGGCCGGGUGUCCCCGGCGGCCGAGAAGGGCCUGAGUCCUCCGACCCUCGCGCCGCAUCCCCGACGUGAAGGGCGGCUCCCUUCCAACCCCGGGGUCCCGCCCCUGCCCCGCCUCGCCUCGCCCCGCCUCACCCCGCCUCGCCCCCGCGCUCUCACCCUGCCGCCGCCCUUCUCCGUGGGCCGGAGCCGGUGCCCCGCGGCGCCGAAACGGGGCCCCACCGCCUCUCCUGCGCCCCCCGGGUCCCGUGGGCGCCACCCCCGCCUCUCCUGCUGGGCGGACCCCGGGGAGCCACAGACGGACCACCGAGGCCUUCCCUCGGCCGCCCUGCCGGAGGACCCCCUCAAACUGCCUUAG